CGUUUAAAUUGAUUGUGAAUGGUUGGAAGUGUAAGAAGCUGUUUUAUUUACAUCUAUUUUUUGCACUUGGAGUUAUUUUGAGUAAUUUCUAAUUAAAAGCGUUUUAAUUUUAAAUAUUAGUUAAAAUGGCCAGUGUGACCAAAGGCUUACUCAGUGAGGAUGAAACUUUUAUUGAAAUUGAUAAGGAAUUUAAGGAAAUUACAGAUGAUCCGACACAAUUUCUACUGGUCGUCCCACCUAAGAAGCAAGAGGACAUAAAAUCUCUGCUGCAGAAAACAUACAAAGCUUGUGUAAAAAAUGAUGAAACGAUCAAGAAUGCGCCGGAAAUACUACCGGAGUUAUUUGUGGAGGACAUGGAUGAGGAACAGAUCUGGCAGCAGCUAGAAUUACGAAACAAUACAGUAUUCUCAGCUUUAUUAGAAAAUGCAUCCAAGCUGCUGUCAUUGCGCGAAGAAAAAUUGGAAGUGCGACUGGAUGAAGAUGAGAACCAAGAGGGUGGAGAAGAGGAUUCAGUUGAAAGUGAAGAUGAAACAGAGAUGAACGAUGAUGAACAUGAAUUAUUUAGUGGUGAAGAUGAUGAGGAAGACGAAGAGCAAUUAGUCAAUCUAAGCGGGAAGGAAUCCAAGAAGAAAAGAAAGCUGCGUUCGUCUGUAGUGGACGACAAAUUCUUUAAGUUGAGUGAAAUGGAGGAAUUUCUUGAGGAAGAAGACGCCAAAGAGAUGCGACGAAACAAGCGAAAAACGGAAGAUUCUAUAGACGCUGGGGUUAAUUAUUUUGCUGAGGACUUGGGAAUAGAGGAUGAUGAUGACGACAACGAAGCAGAAGCUAAUCCAACAUACAAAGAUUUCUUCGAUGAAGAUGGCGAAGAAAAUGAAGGUACGAAAGAGCCUGUGAAGGACCAUUUCAAAGAUGAGCCUAGUAAAGACGAGAUAGAAGAAACCCAGGAGGAGAAGGCAGAGGACUCUGAAGAAGUGGAAGAGGAAGACGGAGAAAUUGAGAAACUUAAAAAUGAUGAUGGUGACAGUAAUGAAGAUGUUUCCACCAAAGAAGCCUUGCAAACCGCCUCCUCAGGUACUGAUGAUUCGGAAGAUGAUGCGGGCGCCAGAGAAGAGCAGCCACAAUCAUCAUUCGAAAUACGACAGGCGCGUUUGAUGCAGCGCAUACGAGAAUAUGAAGACGAAGUGCUGGGCACGAAGCCCUGGCAAUUGAAGGGAGAGGUUCAGGCCCAGAGCAGACCAGCCAACUCACUGCUGGAAGAGUUUCUCGAGUUCGAUUCAACAGUACGCCCGGCCCCCAUCAUGACUGAACAAACAAAUCUCUGCUUGGAGGAUAUCAUAAAGCAACGCAUCAGAGACCAAGCCUGGGAUGAUCCACAGCCCAAAAUAAGGCCGGUGCAGUCGCCGCAUGAAUUCCGUAAACAAUUGAUUUUAGACCAAGAAAAAUCCAAGGAAUCAUUGGCGCAAGUAUAUGAGAAAGAAUACCAAAAAGAAUUGGAUAAAUUGGAUCCAAAUCGUGGUGAUGUUGCUGCGGAGGAAUCCAAGGAGCACAAAGAAAUUAAACAACUUAUGCGUUCACUAUUCAUUAAAUUAGAUGCGCUAUCUAAUUUCCAUUUCACACCCAAACCAGUCGCGCCAGAAGCUAAGAUAAUAACAAACACACCAGCCGUGGCAAUGGAAGAGGUUGCGCCUGUGGUCGUAAGUGAUGCUAAAUUGCUAGCGCCCGAGGAAGUGUAUCGGGGUCCCAAGCAUGAAUUACUUGGCAAGACGGAACGUAAUCGUACGGACAAGAACCGCGAACGCCGCAAGAAGAAACAAAAACAACGGGUUAUUAAUCGGGUGUUAGAAGAGAAGAACAAGAAAAAGCAGGAGCUGGGCAUUGCGCCAACAAAGAAAGAGGAGAACGCGAAGCUGCUGAAGUCGCUAACAAAGCAUCGCAAUGUCGAAAAGUUGAACGCAACCAGCGACGAUCAUCGCGCGCUAAAGUCGUCCAAGUCAUUCUUCUCGAAAUUGCAAGAUACAACAAGCGGUGCGGGACAAGCUGCCCUAGCAGCAAAAGCCAAGAAGCAGAAAUCCACUGGGAAGGCGAUGACAGCGAAACGAGUGAAACUGUAACAAUAUUGCAGACUUUUUUUGUUAGUAAUAAAAAGUUGAGUUUUAUUAUAUUA